UACGUGCCGUAAUAAUCUAUAUUUGUAGUCCAAAACAAGUACGUGCCUUACGUGCUAUAAUAAUCUCGUGAGCGAGAAAAACUCCAAUAACUUUUAGGCAGACAACACCUAGAUUUAAACCACCGCCUGUCUCAGUUUGGGAGAAUGUCAAUCUAGUCAAAACCUCAACGGUGUGAAAGACUGAAAGACUGACAAAUAGACGGCGGCGUUGCAAAACCACAGAGAUUGACAGAACAACAGCAAACAAACAAGGAAAUAUGGACGGAAGACGACAGUAGAGUUAAACAUUGAAUGUGAAAUAAUUUGGAAGAUUUGCCGGAUCUUCAUCAAACACACACACAGUAAACCAGAUUAAAGAGAUUGACAGUGUUGACAGUGUUGGACACCCUGCUAUGUGGAGCGUCCGCAGGUGCUGUGGCCAAAACAUUCAUAGCCCCCCUGGACAGAACCAAGAUCAUCUUCCAAGUAUCCUCACAAAAAUUCUCUGCUAAGGAAGCUUUCAGACUCAUAUAUUGUACGUACAUGAAAGAUGGCUUCCUCAGCCUGUGGAGGGGCAACUCUGCCACCAUGGUGCGGGUCAUCCCCUACGCUGCCAUCCAGUUCUGCUUCUAUGACCAGUACAAGGGAAUACUGGGGAGAUACUACGGCUUCCAGGGAAAAGCCCUGCCUCCUUUUCCACGUUUCCUGGCAGGAUCAUUAGCUGGCACCACGGCGGUCAUGCUCACCUAUCCCCUGGACAUGGUGCGGGCCAGGAUGGCGGUGACGCCCAGGCAAAUGUACAGCAACAUCAUGCACGUUUUUGUGCGCAUCAUGCAGGAGGAGGGCAUAAAGACCCUAUACAGAGGCUUCUGCCCGACCAUCUUGGGAGUGAUCCCGUACUCAGGAAUCACCUUCUUCACAUACGAGACCCUCAAGAAACUGCAUGCAGAGAGAACUAGGCGGUCCCAGCCGUACUCUUACGAGCGUUUGGCGUUCGGUGCGUGCGCCGGCCUGAUCGGCCAGUCGGCCUCUUACCCUCUGGACAUGGUUCGCCGACGCAUGCAGACGGCCGGGGUGACGGGCCAACAGUACGGCAGCGUCCUGGGCACCAUGAAGACGAUCAUGGUGCAGGAAGGGGGGGUGCGUGGACUCUACAAGGGCCUCAGUAUGAGCUGGAUCAAAGGGCCAAUCGCUGUGGGGGUCAGCUUCACCACCUUUGACCUUAUGCACAACCUCCUGCACAAGAUGCACCAGCUGGGAUACUUCACAUACUGAGCCAGCAGGGGGAGCCAGAUGAGAAGCUCACUGUUGGGACCAGUCAUUCGCUCACAGGGACUAGCACGGGCGCAACUUUCACUGGGGACAGGGGUACAUGCCCCCCCCCAUUCUGAAAUUGCAUGUUUGUCCCCCCGAGUUUUAUCAUUGGAUUGUGAUACAAAAUGAGGCAACGGUGUGCUUUAGGACCAUGUGGACGCCUCCGAGCGGUCGGGUAGGCUGUUUGGAGUG